GCUUACGCGGGUCCCUUAGUUACUCGAAUGUUUGCGAUAAAAGGUGGCUGGAUAAAAUGGCUACAACUUUGCACCUUCCAGCGAUUUCACAUGCGCCUGUCGCCCGAGAAUUUCCGAAAGUUUGGGAACACAGAAAGAAUUUGUCACACUGGUCUAAACAAGAUGUACCCUCGUUAAAACUCGCCCAGCAGCUGGAUACAGACCACUGGGCAAAGCUGAAGGGAAAGCACGUUGACUUCGUAAAUCGUAUGUCGUAUAGUUUGCCGUCAAAGGAAAUUUUGGCUAGUCGUUCUCAGAAAGAUCCGAAGCUGUCAAGUGCGUUUCAGAGAUAUUACUAUGAUCAAAGCAAGCACAGAGAAGAACUGUUAAAGAAAACAUAUACCAUGUACUAUCAAGGCAAACCGAUGGAGAAGAAAUCUUCGAGGCAAGUUCUCCAACAGACGAACGACCUACCACGCCCCCAAGUUCAAAGGCGUCCAUCGGUGUACAAUCAACGGGCUAAAGAAGGCUUCAAGUUUUGGCUGGAAAGUGAUCCAAUGGUUAAAAGAAUUUCGUUUUGUUCCAAGUACACGUUUGGCUCAAAAAGCACGUUCCAUGGACUUGGAAAUGCCCCAAGAAAUUAGUUGAAACAACAGACAUACGAAGUUUUAUGGUGUGGUCAUGAAUUCUUACAAGUUUACAGGAGUGUGCUUAUAACACGAUAAAAUACUUAAUUAUAUGUAUAAGUAUCACAGAAUGAAAAAAGGUUUGUUUUCGUUGAUGAAUGAAAAAAAAAAUAAAGUGUGAAUUAUCAUA